AUGGCUAAAGCAGCGAUCAUCCUUUUCGAUCUGAAGACCGGACGAUGCUCCUCCACCAUUCAAGUCCGGUUGCUCCGCUUCUUGGAGUCCAUGAACCUCCGAUGGGGUAGCGAACUCAUGGGAGUCGAUAUGUUUCUGCUUGAUUCCCAGUCGACCAUGAUGCCGGCGACGGUGAAUGUGAACCGGCUUGCAAUUCACAUGCCUAAUCUGAAGGUGGGUUCACUAUAUUCCCUAGCCGGUUUUGAUGUGACCCGAUGUAAUCAGAAUUACCGACUGUCGGACUCCUCUAUGAUGGUUCGUUUCAGCGAUUCAACAUGUUUUGAUGAGAUAACCGAACCGGCUAUUCCGAUCUUUCCGUUAUCUAAUAAUUAUCAUUCCACAGACAUUAUCGGUGAGAUAACUGCUGCGAAGAGCACUGUCACCGACCCUCCACAUGACAAGAACCAUUUGAUGGCAACCAUUAAAAUGGAUAAUGAUGUUUCGGUCACUAUGAGUAUGUUCGACUCACAGCCUGUCAAGCUCCACAAUCAACUUGAAUCAAUGGGAGGUGAUCCAAGGGUUCUGGUUGCAACCAGUAUCAACCCCAAAAUUGUGGGAGGUCAUCUGUUUCUGAAUGCCACUUCAGGCACACACAUAUAUUUUGACAAGGAAACCAUCGCAGGGGAGACUUCUACAGGCUGGUUGCCCAAGACACUGGUCUUAAGGGCUACGACAAGGUGGAAUCCCUGA